UGCUGGGUGCCAGGUGUAAUGACGUGGUCGAAUGGUGGCACCGAAGCACACUACCAUCAUCAUUUCCGUGCACUAUUUGAAACAAUGGCAGGGGAGUAUGAAAGGCAGAACAUUAUUCUCACUGACGAUCUUUUUGCGAAUGUUGGCGAGGGAGAUAUAGUUGAUGCUCUCUAUGGAGAUCGUAAACGUCGCCGCAUGAUCCGGGUGUGUAACUCUUGUGGUUCCCCAGCAUGAGGAUGUCAUUGCAAACUUUAGGAAUAUACCCUACAGCAUUAAUAUCGACGAAGCAUUGGCUCCUCACACUCAACUCCUUACAGAUAUUCUUGAGCAGCCGGAUCCUGUGAAAAUGCGCGACACAGUCCCAGUUCUUGGAUAUCUCACUG